AUGUACUAUUGCUACUUUGUUGUAUCCUCCACCUUCCCCUCCUCUGAUGCCCUUACUAUUGAUGCCGACUGUUACAGUACCAAUCUGAAUGUUGCUUCUAUCGGGAAAGGUGAAAAAAAAUAUGAUUACUCCUGCUUGGACAAUUGCCAUGAUGGCCCUGUAGUAGCCGUUGAUUCCUGUGAGAAUCUUUCUAUCUUUUUAAGUUGUGGUUCAGAUACUGUGAUAAAGCUAUGGAAUCUUCAGAAGUUUCUGUUGGCUGAGAUUACUCUUGAUAACACUUUAAGCACAGCUUGUUUCCUGAAUAGUUCUGGUGACAUUUUAUUGGCUUUCAAAGGUGAUCUUUAUAUCAUGUCUCACAGCAAGGCACUUGAUAUAUCAACAACAAAUACUGAAACUGCUACAGUCUCAGCAGCAGAAUCCUAUAUUUUUGAAAGUCAACCUCAAGAUGAUCAAGAAAAAAUUGAUGUGUCUAAAUCAAUUGAAAUGGCAACCUACCUGGAACCUUACAAGGGUUUUGCCUUCACUGAAGACUUCACAUCAGAGUUGCAGGUGUUGCCAAAGAAGAAAGGAAAGGAGUCCUGGAGAUUACCGAUAGCUCCUUCAGAGGUCUACUGCUCUCCUUGCACUUCAGAAGGAUCCCUGAAGAUAUUUGAUUUUCUGCUCCAACCUGUAACCCCCAAUUUAGAAGAACAAGAUAAAGCGAUAAUGUCUAGAAAAAUGAUUGUAACAAAGGACAUGAAAUAUGUGCCAGGGCCAAAAUCUGCUCUACCUACAGAGUGCGAAAUACCAUUCUUUGGGGUUUCACCAUGCUCGUCUCUAGUCCAUGAAGAGCUCAGGAUUAAAACACAACCUGAGGAACAGAUUUCUGAGGCAGUGAAUGAAGCAUCCACUGUAGAGCCAUUACCAGAAAGUCUCCAUGAAAAGCAGCAUCAAAUCAGUGAAGAGAUUUCUCCAGAAUUACUAGAAAUAAUGCCAGAGAAUGCCCCCACUUCAAUCAAAACAAAGACCUUGGAGCCAUUAUCAGGCAUAGAUUCUGAUGUUUAUGAAAAUGAAGAAGAAAAGUAUCCUAGUACAGAAAGACAAACCAGGAGUGUCAAGUUUGGUACGUGGAGCUCUCGUCUUGAAGGAAAAGCUGCACCCUUGGACUCAGUUGAAGUUCAAGAAAUAAAGACAUUCUCUGAGAAACAUGUAUCCAGAGAGCACAUCCGGAAAAAGCUCAGAAUGGAAAGGAAGGUCCUGAAAAGGAUGCGGACACCAAAACAUGCAAAAAUAAUUUCAGUGCCAAAGAGUGCUAUGCGAUCAAGAAAAGUCACGUAUACCUCCUAUACUCGAUCAUCCCAGUCAGUUAUUUCUGUUGGGCAGCAAAAGGAAGAGAACGAAAAGAAGAAGGAUAACCGAUUGCGUAGGGCCACUUGGUUUUUUGGAGGAGGAAGCGUAGAAGAAGAAAUGAUGGCACCCCAACAAAACAAAAUGCUAAACAGGAGACAGAGAAAAAAGCCGGGAAUCAGAAUAAGGAAUUACUCAACACCUUCUUUGCCUCAGUUCUUCUCAAGAAGGCAAACACACAAAAAGGGUGCUCAACACCUGAGGAUAAUGGAGAAGCAGAGCAGCACGAGGACAGACCAAGAGGAAUUUCCAGCUCAAAAUAAGUAA